CUGAGGUGCAGUCACUGUUACAGUGCCAAAUAAAAAUGAAAUACAUACCAGGUCUACUUGGGGUGGCAUGUGCCUACAUGCUAAUCCUGGUGGAGGGCUUGGCUGAAAGAAAUGGAUCCAAAAAACAUAUUGCUGGAGGAAAAUGUUACUUGAAAGAGCUGGCAGCCCUCACAAAACAUCAGGUGGAAGAAAGCUUGAUAAGUUUUGAUAAAGCCAAUGGACAACACCUUGGUACUUGGCUGCCUGGCUUUCCUGAGCUACAGGUCCACAAAGAUUCUUUCAAUGGGCCAAAAGUGCAGUGCAGCCUGACAUUCAUGGCUCUAGGCCUGGAGAAGAUCUUGGAGGAUCAGAAGAACGACCUGAAUCCAACAGAUGUUUUACUUCACAAGAUGCUUUGGAACACAAUUUCUCGGGUCAUGAUGCUUAAAGCUUGUAUGGAGGAUUUUCUCAAGGGCAAAUGCCCCGAGGAUCCAUUGCCACCAAAGAUGCCUAAGCAUGUGUUUGAUAGGAAACAGUGGAGCCACACUCUGUUGAAGUCAGCCAAGAAUUAUCUGGACUGGAUGGAACAUAAAAUCAUAGUUUCAAAGGCCAAAGAGUUUAAAAAGAAAACAAAUCAGGUUAAAAAUACUACAUUACAUAAGUACAUUAGGGGGAGUGUUUAUCAUUUGUGAUCUCAAUACGUCAGCUAAAAAGGCUGAUCUAGUUACAAUUAAUGCAUCCCAAAAUAUUUCCCGCAUCAAUUUAAUCAGGAAUUCUCUUUUUAGUAUUUCCUAAACCUCGGCUGAUCGGACCCCCGUAUUCGUCUUUCAAGUGCAGUGUGCGAGUUUAGAAGCAGUUGGCCGUAUUUAGCCAUCGCGCAAAAAGCUUCCAGUUAGCUUAGCAUUACAAGGAAGAAAAAAGUUCAGUUAGAAACAGUUUUAAACUUCAAAUUAAAAUAGUAUUUCUUUUUUUUGGGAACAAAAACAUUCACACAUUUUAAAGUGUUUCAGUUAAGCUAAUUGAUGCUAGUUUAGGCUUCUACUAUAGCCUAUGAAUGCAGGCCACUUCACCUACUGUAAGUGGACCAGUUUACAAAAUAAAAAAGACGUGGCGGUAUCAGAAAGGGUUUUAUUUUAUUAAAUUUGAUAACCCCCAGCAAUUGACACAUUCCUGUAUGACUGUAAUUAAUCAACAUGCCAGGGGAUAAAUGAGAGGGGACUCUUAGCGUUUCCUAAUUACAGAUGGUUGUUUUCUUAGCCUUCAUGGUGAUUAAUUGUUUCGCUCCGGCCACAUAUCUCUCGUGAGUUGGCCACACUGCCUGAGGGAGAAAGUUAAUCUAAAAGAAUCACCUUCUGAGAGCUCUUGGUUUAGACUUUAAUCAACAAACCUAGCAGAAAAAUUAGCAGCCAGAUGGAUAUCACAGAAGUUGAUGUCCGUGUGGCUUGCAUCAAAUCACACUGUAAAAACAGAUGAUUGAUGCUGGGCCCAUCCAGGUCGCAAUAAGGGGAUCAUUCAUUAUUUAUUAGUUCUUUUGAACUACUGUCAAUGUCCAAAAUGUGUAUAUUAAUCCAUUUUAUUUUAUCAUAUGCAUGCUGUUUGCUCACAAAGUUUUUUUCUGGUUUUGCAAUA